ACCAGCGAUCCUCGCUGCGCUUGUGCUUGACCGUGCGAUGCCUCGCUGAGCCCUAUGCUGCCAGGGGCUUUCACCACGGAAACGGCUUGGCAGCGAUGGUCUGGAGGGUGCUGCCUCGCCUACGAAGCUAUCUGGAGGCCCCAGUCUCGACACCUCCGCCUCUCGCAGUGAUGAAUUUGGUGGUGCAUGUUGUGUGUGCUGCGUGCAUCUCUGCACCACCCAGUUUCCACUCAGAG